CAACUGAGCAACAGAGCCACAGCCAAAAGGAGACAAAAAAAGAGAAAGAAAGAAGGAAAGAAGAAAGAAACAGAAAUUAAAGAGCCGCGGCGUCACCUGAAAUUCCGAAGAGUCUUUUUCUUUUGAUUCUCUGAUUCCCCUUUGACCGGGCCCGAACCCAGCAGCCUCUGUGAAUUCAUUGAAUUUAUCGGUGGGCCUAAUACUGAAAAACUGACCAAAAGUACUGAAAAUAUAUAUGCAUUUGUAUGUAUGAAAUUGCUUUGAGCGAGCGUCUGAUGAGCCAAAUUUGAGGAAUCUGGGAGGUGGGUUUCUCACUUUCUUGACAUUUCUCAAAUGGGUGUCUCCCAGAACGAUGGCAAGAUGGAAGGUUGGCUGUAUCUCAUUCGUUCCAACCGGUUUGGUCUGCAAUACCCGCGAAAGCGCUACUUUGUUCUCCAAGAUCACCAUCUCAAGAGCUUCAAAUCAGUUCCUGCCUCGAACAACGAGGAUCCUAUUAGAAGUGCAAUUAUAGACUCUUGUGUUCGGGUGACAGACAAUGGGAGAGAAAGCAUUCAAAGAAAAGAAUUCUUCAUUUUCACACUCUACAAUACUUCUAAUCACAAUGAUCAACUGAAGCUAGGAGCAAGUAGCCCAGAAGAAGCUGCUCGAUGGAUUCAUUCCUUGCAGGAAGCAGCAUUAAAGGCAGACCAGAACCCAGCAGAUGUUCUGGGUGGCCCCAAGAGUGAGAGGCACUCCUGGAGCUUGAAGCAUUCUAAAAGGGCACAUUGUAUGAACUCCAUUGACUGGACUCUGUGUUCAUCCAGACACAUGGAUCCAGUAUCAUCUGAUGUUAUUGCACCUUCACCUUGGACAAUCUUUGGUUGUCAGAAUGGUCUUCGACUAUUUAAAGAAGCAAAAGAUAAUGAAUCUAAUGGAAAGUGGGAUGAUCAUCCUGCAAUAAUGGCCGUUGGUGUAGUUGAUGGAACUUCAGAGGCCAUCUUUAAAACACUCAUGUCUCUUGGUCCUUCAAGAUCAGAAUGGGAUUUCUGUUUCUACAAAGGCAGUGUGAUUGAGCACCUUGAUGGUCACACUGAUAUUGUGCACAAGCUAUUAAAAAAAGAUUGGUUACCUUGGGCAAUGAAGCGAAGAGAUCUAUUGUUACGGCGUUAUUGGAGAAGGGAGGAUGAUGGCACAUAUGUUAUACUCUACCAUUCAGUGUUCCAUAAGAAGUGUCCACCUCAGAAGCGCUACAUCCGUGCUUGCCUUAAAAGUGGAGGAUAUGUAAUAUCUCCUGCGAAUCAAGGGAAACAAUCAGUUGUGAAACACAUGCUUGCCAUUGAUUGGAAAUUCUGGAAAUCCUAUCUACAUGCAUCUUCAGCUAGAAAUAUAACGAUCCGUAUGCUUGGGAGGGUUGCUGCAUUGCGAGAAUAUUUUAGAGCUAAAGUAGGAGAUUACCCCCCCUCUGAUUCUUCAUCAGGUGAGUUGACAACAGAUAAUAGGUUGGCUCAAAAUGAAGAUGUUAUGGUUAAGGUUCAAACAAGAGCGGAGAUUGGGAAGGAUAAGGAGGAUAUGGAGGAAGAAGUUAUCAAAUCACCUUCAGAACAAGCUAGCCUCAUGGGAUUGGAUGAUGAAGCAGAUGAGUUCUUUGAUGUCUCCGAACCACUAGAUUACAAUCAUUUAGAGAAUGAUUGGUGUUCCGAUAUGGGUGCAGAAGCAUAUUCUCAGGAUAUCCACCAUCCACCAAGAUUAUCAACUGCUGCCAGUUUUGUGAAAAAAUUGCAUGAUCUUGCAGUCCAAAAGAGGGGUUAUAUAGACUUACAGGAGAUGGCCAGGGAAGAUGCUUUCUCAUGUUACUACGGUUCCACUCUCCCGAAGGAUCCAACUUGCAAUAUGCCUUGCAGUUGGACAGAAGCAGAUUCGUCAACAUUUCUAAUUCGUGGAAAGACUUACUUAGAGGACCAUAAGAAGUUCAAGGCAAAAAGCACUCUAAUGCAAAUGGUUGCGGCUGAUUGGCUGAGAUCUGACAAGCGAGAAGACAACCUUGGAAGCCGUCAUGGGAGCAUAGUCCAGAAAUUUGCAGCAAAGGGUGGCCCCGAAUUCUUUUUCAUUGUAAACAUACAGGUUCCAGGUUCAACAACAUAUAGCCUUGCUCUGUAUUAUAUGAUAAACACUCCCAUACAAGACAUUCCUCUGCUGGAGAGCUUCGUCAGAGGGGAUGAUGCAUAUAGAAAUUCAAGGUUUAAGCUCAUACCCUACAUAUCUAAGGGUUCGUGGAUAGUCAAGCAGAGUGUUGGCAAGAAAGCAUGCUUGGUGGGUCAAGCGCUUGAAAUAAAUUAUUUUCAUGGGAAGAACUACUUAGAGCUCGGCAUCGAUAUUGGGUCGUCUACAGUGGCAAGGGGUGUGGUCAGCCUUGUCCUUGGCUACCUUGACAAUUUGGUCAUUGAAAUGGCAUUCCUAAUACAGGCUAAUACGCGAGGGGAGCUCCCGGAGCAUCUGCUCGGGACCUGCCGCCUGAACCAUCUGGAUGCCUCUAAAGCAGUUUGGGUGAAUCCAUGAAAGUCUGCUCGCUUCUCUGCAGGCCUGCACUGCAAGCAUCUGGAAUUUGCUCAAUGGAACAUAAUAUAUGGUUAUGCCAACUGAAAAUAUGCUUUUGUGGAAGAUCAAUUUGUCAACUCAUUCUUAGAACUCGGCAACUUCAAAUGGGCAGAGUAAAGGGUGGUGCCAUAUAUGGUGGUUUUUAGUAGGGAUGGCCCAUGGCCAUACUUCACAUGGCAGGGACUCUUUGAACUACAUUUAAUAGAUUGAAUGUUCUAA